AUGUCAAGGCAAAAUCAGCAGGGCGGGCUGACCUAUCCGCACUUUGCUCUCGUCUAUAUCGACCGAGAUGGCAAUCUGCGCCAGGAAUUGUCGCGGUCUGUCGCCCAUAGCAGCCAGACCAUCUUAUCUCCACAAGUCAUCAAAGAGUUUCUGAGCGCUGUGGCAAGGUCAUGCUACGAUUCAUCACAUUCCCCAUCUCGCCGAAUACCACCAAUCGGGCAGACUACUAUGCCGCAUCAAAUGGCAAAUACGAUCUGUGGUGUGGAUAUUCACGGAGUUGAAGGGCCCAUAAAUUUGCAGGCGGGUCCUUCAAUUCGAUCAGCGUCGUGGCUAGGUCAGCAGGAGCCUUGGGCCAGAGAACACCAACAGCUAAGAACAAAGCCCUGGAGCGAAAAUCUUAGUCCAAGCAAUCCGAAGACUAUGAUCUAUAUCAAGGACAAAGACUUUUUGCGUGGGUACUACGAAAAGGGGUUCCAAAACCUACAGCAGACAAAUUGCCGUAUCAUAGCCAAAGCUUACGUCAAGCUCGUAGAGCCCCGCAAGCAAAUUAACUACCCAUACAACGGACGAAAGGUAGUUGCUGGCAGGAUCCAACAAUUCGAUCCUGAUAUGACUAAGCCACCAUGGUGGCCAGCUGGAGUUAGACACCGAGAGCCUGAUCAUCUUCUCAAAACUGUUUAUAUCCUUUGCGAGCUGCGCACCAGCAAUGGAAUCACUUCUCAGCAACUUAGAGAAGCGGACCAGCCCAUUCGUCGUCAAAUCUUCCCAACCGAGCGAUUGCAGAUAUUGGAUGAACUGUACGUGGUUAGAAGAGCGGAGGAAAAGUUCCUGGAAGGGACUGCCGUUUCCCGAGCAAACCUACCUGACGCAGGGGGCUUCGCUGUUGGUGAAAGGGAGUAUAGUAGAAAAAUUCCCCUAGCAGAAGACGGCUCUAGCCGAUGUCCCGGUCAAAAGCCCCAGAGUAUACGCAGUGGGUCUGUGCGAAACAGGAGCACACAACAGCCUGCACUGAUGCUCGCUGCGGAAAAGCCUACGGGCUUUUUCCCGAACUCUGAUUCCGCCGCCCAAAGUCCUUCACAGCAUAUCCAGCAAGACCUAGCUAUAUACCCCAGUUUUAAUCACGCAUCAGCGUCGGUGUCGGCAUCUCCACAAGGCCUGAGUGGAAAGCACCCCUUUGUUGAGACCCACCCACAUACUACAUUCUGCACGGACUCCAUUCCAUGUAAUUCUCCUUUCUUUGCGGGCUUCCAACCAUUCUUGCCGGAGACUUAUGAUAGCCUUCAAGGCUUCCAACAGCCAGGGGUCCCAAACACAGGGGAGUACGGGGCAGAACAAUUGAGAAAAAACAUUGAAUCCUAUGGAUUUACCUACUAUUCUGAGGAUUGGAUUUUUUAG